AAUUAAUGUGUUGAUUUUUGCAAACUGGCUUGUGUUAGAUACGAUACGCUAUUUGAAGUAAAAUUUAGCUUAAAUACCAAGUAGAAUUUUUGUGAUAAUGGAAAUAAUAUCUCCGGCUAACAGUGCUAAAUGCUCAAAAAAAAUAGCUUUUUCCUCCGCCGAAAAAGAACUAAUCAUAAGUUUGGUAAGUGAACGUCCCAUUAUUGAAAACAAACAGACAAAUGCCCGAAACAUUGAGCUCAAGAGGGCGGCAUGGGACGAAAUUGAAAAUGCCUACAAUGCAGUACCUUUUGUGGUCAAGAGAACGGCAUUACAGCUAAAGAGAUGCUGGGAAAACAUAAAAAGUUGUCGUAAGAAGGAGCUGUCAAUGGAAGUCGGCAGUUUAUUACAGACUGGAGGUGGAGUUGGUGAAGCGGGCACUACAGAAAACGUCAUAGACAGUAUUUGCCCAUACAUAAAUCUGACUGUACCUGGAGUCAUUGACUCAAACACAGAAGAGAAAGUCCUAGGUAAAAGAUUUGUUACAUAAUUAUCAUAAUUAAGGAUGAAGCUUUAUUUCUUGUUUUGUUUACAUCACUACUCUAUACAAAGCUUGCAUUUUACUUACUAUUAAACAGCAGAGACAAAGUUAUAUUGUAAAUUAGAAAUGGAAUUUUUUGAAAUUUAAGCAACAUUAUUGUUAUUGUUCACAGUAAAGCUGAGUUCUGUGGAAAUACAUGCUCCAGAGAAAAUAGAUAAAGAAAACCAACAUGGUAAUAUAGUUCUGUAGUAUUGUCAAAAUGUUACUUAAAAUAAACAUUGAAUAGAAUGCACAAAAAGAUAAACUAUAUCUGGAUAUUAUUUCAAAUAUCUUAUUUUGUGUACAUGCUACUUUAUUUUGGGUAUUUACUUUUCCUUUUUUGCAGAUAAUGAGGUCAUAGAAAGUUUAAAAUUAAGCAAGAGGAAAAGAGGAUUAUUUCCUUUAAAAACAUUAACAGGUACAGGAACAAGUAUAAUAUGUAUUUUUUUAUGUACAGACGGAGAUAUGAAGUAGGCAAAUAUAAAUUCAUUGUUCAAGGGAGCUUUUAGCUUUCCAUUACAUACACUAUCUACUUACAAGUGUACAUAAUUUGAUGUAAUUGACCUAUGUAAUGAUAACAGCCAGACACACUUGCUUAUAAUGUAAUAUUAGAAUUGAUUUUAAUGUAUUAAUAAUUAUGCCCAUUAGUAAGUCUUUAAUUACUACCAGCUACUACUACUUCAAAACACUCAUCUCAAUAAUACAUGUUGUAGAUUUAUACUUAUUUUAUUUCAGAUAACAAUGGUAAGCUCUCCAGUGAAGUCCAAGUGCGGGUAAAGCGGUGCAAGGAGAAUAUAGAGCAGGAUUCAGAAUUACAUAAAUUGAGAGUCCAGAGGGAAAAAAUAUUGAU